GCCAAGGCUUCUGGAGUAUGUGGUGCCAGCUCAGUACACUGGUACUUUGAAACCUCUCUGCAGAUGCCUUAGGGAACUGGCUGAGAAAAAGCAGCAGGAAGGAGAAGAAGCUGCUUACCUCGACUACAGUGGACCAGUGAAACUCCCUACACCCCAGGGGCUGCUGGCGCGACUCUUGGUAGUAGCCUCAUCUCCUUAUGAAAGAGAAGGACAUGGAUAUGCUGCCUUGCAAUUACUGAAGGCCCUGCACCACAAUAUCCAUGCAGCAGUGGGUGAGAUGUUGGUAGUAAAGAUCCCACCUCUGCUGCAGUACAUUGAAGGAAACACAGAGAAUUCCCUGGACCAUGAACGGUGGGAGCACAUGCUGCUUCAGUUCCUAAGAACAUCUCUGGAGAUGAUAGGUGACAGUGCCUGGAGCAGCCAGAUAAGCCUUGAGUUGAGCCAGCAGAUGGACGGCUAUGCCAGCCCCUCCAAAGAGAAGAGUUUCCUGUAUAAGGCGCUAGGAACAUCCUUAGCAGUUUGUCAGGACCUGGUCCAUGUUAAAUCACAGAUUCAUACAUUUCUGACGACAACAGAUUAUACGGAAGCCCCUGAGAGAGAGGGAGUCAUUUCCAUGCUCGCAUUGUCUGCUGAGAGCCACUUGGACCUCACCUUGAACGCACUUCAGGAGUUUGGGGCUGCAAUGAGCAAGGUUAAGAUUUCUGGGUUCAUCGGCCGCCUGAAGGACUACCACCGUGGAAAAAGAGGCAAGACUCGCAGCACCCUGAUGCUGACAUACAGCAACGUGGCUGUUCAUGCUCCAAAAGACCAGCUUCUGUCCCGAGUAGAGGCAGACAUCACAGGGAACAUCCUUCACCAUUACAGAGCCAGUUGUCAGACCACAGCUACACACAAACUCAAACCAUCUUUGACCUUGGAGGAAAACCGUGAGCUCCUUGAUCAAUGUUUCAAAAGUUUACUUCCCCUUUCUCCCUUGGAGGAGACAAAAGAGGAAGGCGAGACAGCAAAGGAUGCUCUGCAUAUACAGUCACUGUACGUAGGGUCCUUGGAAGCCCUUGGCAAGCUAAUGAAGACUUUGCUGGAGGAAGAACCAACUGCAGACUGGUUCCAGGAAAUGUUUGAUCUACUAAGGACAUGGUUCAGUUCAGAGAAGGAGUGGGAGAGAGAAAGGGCCUUGCAGGCCAGCACCCAGCUGCUGACUGCCUAUCAAGAGACAGUUAAUAGCACA